UGGGUCAUUCAUCAUGAGUGACAACGACACUGCGUUUAAGCUUAGAACGGUAGUUAAGCCGUCACUUUCAUUAGCCUGUUUCUUCUGUGAGAUCCCACACUAGACUCAGCGGGACUGUGUUUAUUCUUCACUCCCAGAGCGCAUUAUUUUGCGCACCAUUGCUUGUGCAGCUUCAGAAGAUGGAUGUUAACUCCAAAAUCUACGGCUUAUUGACAUGUUUCCUCCAGUCACUUCUACUGUCAUCGACCACCCUGGAACCGUUCGAUCUGCUUUACGAUAACGGAGUGGAGGCGUUUUAUAAAGGAGAUUAUGGCAAUGUAGUGCGGUGCAUGGAGAGCGCGCUGAAGAGUUUCUCUGAAGUGCGCCAGACCAGAAUCAGAUGCAGGCUGAAAUGCAGUGACCAGCAUCGCUUUGACAGCUUUCGGACUGAUAAGAUUUUUGAAGUGAUUCUCUAUAGGGCGCAUUGUAUAAAUCAAUGCACCGAGGGAAAAAUUGGAGCCGGAUCCAUGCAUAAAGUUAGUGAGGAUGUCAUUCAAGAUUUCAAUAGAAGAAUUCCUUAUAACUACCUGCAGCUUGCCUACAGAAAAACCUGCGUAUGACCAGUGUUUGAUCACGAGUUUCCCAGAAAUUGCUGAGAGCGUGC